AUGAACACUAAUUAUAACGUAAGACUCCAUUCGCAUGACGUUAAGUACGGGUCGGGAAGCGGUCAGCAGUCGGUCACCGGCACCGACACCGGCGAAGACGUGAACAGCUAUUGGGCGGUGAGGGGGAAGAUUGACCGCACGUGUCAGAGGGGCGAACCCUUGGAGUGCGGGUCAGUUGUGCGGCUGCAACACAUGGUCACGAGUAAGAACCUCCACAGCCAUCACUUCUCGUCGCCGCUGUCCGGCAAUCAAGAGUGCGGGUCAGUUGUGCGGCUGCAACACAUGGUCACGAGUAAGAACCUCCACAGCCAUCACUUCUCGUCGCCGCUGUCCGGCAACCAAGAGGUGAGCGCUUUUGGCGACAAGAAUGGCGAGGGAGACACCGGAGACAACUGGACGCUCGUCUGCGGCGGCGACUACUGGGAGAGGGACACAGACUUUCGGCUCAAACACGUGGACACAGAGAUGUGGCUAUCGAUGUCGGGACACACAUACGGGCGUCCGAUUCACGGCCAGAUGGAGAUCGUGGGCUCUUCACAUCCGGACUCCGCCAGCUAUUGGCGCACCAAAGAAGGCGUUUACGUGAAGCCGUCGGACGACUCAAAACUCAACUCGAAGAGCGAUGUCGAUCACGACGAGCUCUAAACCGCAGAACCAUUUAGUUAUUUAAAUUAAUUUUCAUUUUUAGUAUUUAAUUUAUAAAUUUUUUUAUAUACAUCUUCUCGCAAGUGAUUUGAGUUAUUAUUACAAUAAAAAGUAUAUAUGAACUGUUUUGAGA